GAUAUAUUUCAAAAAGAUUUCGAUUUCGAUUGCGAUCCAAUUUAGGAAUAAAACAUGUUGAACUUCAACAGCCUUGGGUCUUUAAAGGGCUCAUCUUCAGCUCGAGUGAUCUUAAGACAAACAUGUAGCACUAUGAGCUAUAUUGCCACGAAAUAUGGAAAAGUAUGCCAAGAACAGAAAAUGGUAUACAGUGCAAAGUGUCGGGAAUGUGGACAUUUUAUUGGGCGCUCGAAUUUUGACUUUAUGAAAAAGGAAGAAAGAUUGAAUGCAAUAUUGCGUAUGGAAAGAAUUGGAGUUAACUUUCUUAUUCCGACGAUCUCUGUGCUUUUGGGGCUGGGACUUUUCUUUGUGAGGCGCUACAAUCAAUCCUUUUCAUAUGGAACAGGAGGAUGUCGAUCAAUCAUGUUGUGGCCCUACAAUGAGUGUGUGGUUCAGGCUUAGGCGACCUUCCCACUAUAUGAUAUUAUUAGCACUUUUAAAACAGCUUUAAUUUCUAUGCUAUUGGGCAUCUUACACAUUAUCAGCGUUCAGGACUUUAGUGUUGUAGCCGUUUUCAGAAGAUUAUCGCAACAUUUUCACUCAAUCAAAGCGGAGACCACAGCGCACUAAGCACACCUUGCUAAUUGGGCCGCUGGCACUUUAGCGCCCUAUUUGGGCGCUGCCAAUCAUCAAGCCGUUUAAAUAAUAAAUCACUUUAAAAUUAGUUUGCCAAGUUGUGCAAGUUGAGCGUCGACAAAUUAGUAAAAGUUAAUUAAAACUAUUUAAAUUGCAAA